AGUGGGGACAUGCAACGCUUCGCUACGCCACGCCACUUGGCAAUGUUUCGAAAUCGACGAGAAUGGCAAAACAACUAAAAAGGAGACUUUAAUGUCAAUCAACAUGGCGCUAUUGGAUUGGUUUUCUGAUUUAACAACGACCUCUAAGAUGAUUCCUUCACUAUGUGCUACAUAGUCGAAAGCAAGUAGCUUAACACGAAGACGAGGAAAUUGUGGACAAGCAGAAGGAAGUACAGAAGCUUCACUGAAAGCGCGCACUCUGUCUGUGGAUGGCUCAAAAUGUACGAACGCUAUAAUGAUGAGUGCUUCAAACUUUUGAAAGGCAUGGGAGGACAUUUCAAAUCAGAUGGAGUGCCCAGAAUUCCAAAUACCCAGAGGGUUUCAGCCCUAUACCUCUCUGCGAACAGUGCCUCGGCUGAUGAGAAGAUCACAUUCCUGCACGAGGCCACAAAGCAGAUAGUGAACCUGUUGAACAAUCCAAAUGUGACAGACACUUGGGAUAAGACAAAACUGGACAACCUGCUCAACGUUCUCUACCAGCAGUCUACCAACCUUGGGCAUUGUGCUACACAAGUGCCGACAAGAAUGUCUAAAUACAGAAAACCACUGAAGAAACACUUCCGUAACCUGAGAAAGUUCCUGAACAAAAUGAAAUACAGCACGCAGUCAUGGGAGCAGGUCAGGGAAGAAGUUGAACGUCAUCUACGCAGACUUCUGUUCCUAGUCCACACCAUGUCCUAGGAGGACUGAGGAGGCGACGGCACACACUGGAUUUAGAAUUUUCAUUUGAUUUGGGGACACUUAACUCCCCACACGACGACAUGGUGGUGGUCCAUCACGGUUGACAAUGAAUAUUCACUGUUGACGCCUUGUAUCAUUCCGAACAUUCGACCGAGCCAUCAAUGGACAAUUAGCUUAUAUGGUUCUUAGACCAUGCCUUGAGAGCAAACUAUUUAUUGUAUUUAUUUUAUAUUAUUAUUUUAUAAUGUUUAUUUAUUGACUGAAAGCUGUAUUUAUUUUUUGUACUUGAGAAAUGCCUGUUUAAUGUAGAUCAUUAAACUCUUUAUGAUGUGA